CAAUAUAUUGAUAUUGGCGCCUUUAUUUUGAAGGUUUAAUUAAUACAAUACGCUUCUUAGUGCUGCUGGCAGAACGCUAGUCAUAUUUGCUAGUAAAUCGAAACUCAGAAAUUAUUUUAUAGAUCAGAGGCUCACGACCAGAUAAAUCCUCCUAGAAGCUAAUAAAAAUGUCAUGUAACCAGGCUGGCUUGAAGGAGAAAAUAUGUGCAGUUUUAAAAAAUAAGAAAGAAGGAAUAACUACCAUCCAAAUAGCCAAGGAGGUCGGAUGUAAGACUGCCAAGGACGUAAACAAAGUGUUGUACAGUUUAAAGGAUGAAGGAUGUCUUUAUAAAAUACAAGACACACCGCCAAUUUGGUCUUUGAAUAGCCCAGAGAGAUCUAGACCCCCUGAGGUCCGCCUCGACCACACGAAGGAUGACGUGAGAAGUUUGCUGACAUCGAAGGGUGGUGGAACAGGUGUAAAGUCGAGUCAUAUUGCCAGAGAAUUGGGCCAACCAAAGAAAGUGGUGACUAAGAUUCUGUAUGACCUGCAAAGAAUGGGUCAGGCGGAGAAGCUGGGAGAAAACGUGUGGAAAAUGAAUGCUGAAGCAGUAACGGAUGUUGAAGCAGUAACGAAUGCUGAAGCAGUAACGGAUGCUGAAGCAGUAACGAAUGCUGAAGCAGUAACGAAUGCUGAAGCAAACUUUAGAGGAAAGCCCAUUCAAUUCAAGAGUGAUUAUCAAGAUAUCUCCAUUCGUCUCACGGAAAACUCCAGGUUUUCCAAAGACUUUGAGUUACUUAGUGUGCUUGGUGCCGGCGGCUUCGGUUGCGUCACCAAGGCAAGACACAGAGAGGAUGGGAAAGAAUACGCAGUGAAGAUUGUCAAGUGGACAAGUGUGGCAAGUCGUGAGGUAAAAGCCCUGGCGGAUUUGGAGCACCCCAACAUUGUGCGCUACUACACAACAUGGCGUGAGGAAGCUCAUUGGGAGGACACAUCAGACUGCAGUGCCAAGUCGUCUGUCCAAUCUGAUAUCACCAAAGACUCAGAAGACGAGGGGGAUGGAUCAACAUAUGAAACAGAUCAAUCAGAUGGUUCAGAUUCAGACCUCUCUGAAAAAGACCAAGCAAACCUUUCAGCCACCGAUUCCAGCUCAAGAAAUGGGGACUGGUUGUGCCUAUUCAUUCAAAUGGAGUUUUGUGAAGGCGGAACACUGACUGCCUGGAUUCAUAAAAAUAGGAGAACUAAGGAUAAAGCACAUGAGAUAUUUCAGCAGCUAGUCCAAGGAGUGGACAAUAUACACUCAAAAAAACUAAUUCACAGAGACCUGAAGCCAGAUAACAUUCUGUUUGGAAGUGAAGGCAUCGUGAAGAUUGGAGAUUUUGGUCUGGUGACCACUUUCAAUACUGGGACAGGAGAGUCAAUGUACAGGACUGUCGACAAAGGAACACCCCUGUACAUGAGCCCUGAGCAGGCGAUCGAGAAGAGGUAUAACAAGAAAACGGAUAUUUUCUCUCUAGCUAUGAUUUUUUUCGAGCUCUUGUGGAACAUGUCCACUGAAAUGGAGAAGCAUGUGGUUUUUCAGGGCCUACGGAAACAGAUUUGUCCUAAUGACUUCUGUAAGGAGUACAACCCAGAGUGGAAACUCAUCAGGAAAAUGCUGGCAGAAAACCCAGCGAGCAGACCUGACACCAAACAGAUUGCAGAGCACCUAAAACUCCUGAGAGGGAGUUUAAAUCGACCCUGCCAGGCAACAGUAUGAGAGGCCACAGGCCUUGUGUUCUGUCCAGUACCCUGGUAACGUACCGUGUUCUGUCCAUGGGAGUGGGAGGUUUUCCUGCAUCUAGCGUUUAUGUAACUAUGGGACUCUUGAGACAUCUCAAAGCAGGCAGAUUCCUUCAUAUGUGAAGGGUCACAUGAUCCCAUCCAGAGGUGUCUUCAGUUCGCUUGACCGUUUGCUACGUAUCUGUAUUUGUACAGAUCAUUUUUACAAAGCACACUUGAAACGUUUUUCAUAUUCAAAAAUGUCAUGAACUUUGAUUAUUCAUAUCUAUGCCUUAUCGCAGCAAUCACAAAGCCACCUUGAAUGGACUUUAGGUGCGUUUGCUCCCAUUGGGCGGUUGUGGUCAGGUGUGGCUCUGUCAUAUUUAAAGGACAGGGGUGUUGCAGCAGAGAACUGUUUAAUUUGAGUGGAAAUUAGUGGAAAUUAACUGAAUGCAAAUCACCAACCUUGGGUUUGUACCUGUUCAAACAAUGGUUUUAGCAUGGACGCUUUGUUUAGAAACAUAGAGGAAAAUUUACUACUUAAAAAUUGCUCACGCUCAUUGAGGCUGUAAUAGCUUUUUAAACAAUGUUUUUGUCUGUUUAUCAAUUGUUUUCACUUUGUUUCCACCUUUUUUCUUAAAUGUGAGAACUAUAAAUGUUGGUGAGUACAUUGAAUAAUGGGCAGUGCUUAAUUUGUAAAUCGGGAGAUCCCAGAACACAUUGGGGCGUGCUGGUCAUCCCUCCGAGCCUGGUUCCUCUCUAGGUUUCUUUGUAAGUUUCAGGCCCUUUUACACUGUUGUUGCUUGCUCCUUGGGGUUUCAGGAUGGGUUUUAUAAACCACUUUGUGACAACUGCUGAUGUAAAAAGGGCUUUAUAAAUAAAUGUGAUUGAUUAAUGUGAUUGAAAUGUUGCUGUUACAUACUGUAAUAACUCAAACUUGUGAAAUAUGGCAUUAUACUAAACACAACGACUUCCA